CCGGCUCCGCCCAGGCGCGCGCGGACGAACGGUCGCGGCGCACAGCCUGCCGGGACGCUGGAGGACUCGGCGGGGGCGGGCCGCCAAGAUGGCGGGUAUGAGGCGAGGAAGAACUUCAUCAGUUCUGUCAUCUGUUCCUUUACAGUUACUAUUUUAUGUAAAUGGGAUUUAUUACAUCUUUUACUUCGCGGCAACUCUUGCAAUGAUUAUUUAUAAAAGUCAAGUUUUCAGUUAUCCAGAUGAUUUUUUGGCUCCAGAUCUUGCAUUGCUUUUCAUUAUGGCCAUUCUUGAAGUGCUCCGAUUAUACUUGGGUUCAAUGGGUAACCUGACAGAAGAAGAGGCUCCGUUAGGGCUCAGUCUUGUGAUCACGGUCGGAAGUGUGAUUCUGUCUGUGUAUUUCCUGUUGUGGCAAACCUACGUGCUGAAAGCAGACGUCAUUAUAAACGCUGUUCUCCUCUUUACAUAUGGGCUUGAGUCAGUACUAAAGGUCAUAGCCAUUGCUGCCUUUGUCAGAUAAACCCUAGCAGUUUUUCAGCAUGUUUUCAACACAUUUCUUCUACAAGAGUGGUUUUAUAUUUCAAAUAUUUAAUUCUUAUACAUACAAAAAUCCCCUAAAACUUUCCUGUGUUUAAA